CCCACGUUGGGGCGGCCCGAGAAGAACAGCUGGAGGAGGAGGAGGAGGAGGAUGUGGCGCGGCGCCUCGGGGGAAAGAAGGCAGCCCCAGCGCGGCCCCCCCAGCUCGGGCAGUGCAGAGCUGAGCCCAGAGAUCCAGAUUUGCUCGCUGCCUGCAGGCUCUCUUCACAAAAAGAAGCUGGCAAAGAGGCCAGGAUACAUGAGAACUGAAGUGCUCCAGCAGAUAGAAUUUCAGCCUCCUCCUGACUGUGAACCGGUCAGCCCAAGGGGGCUUGAGUAUCAUGGCAGAAAACAGCACAGCAAUUUCGAGAAUUGCUCUCUGAAGAGACAAUGCCAAAAUAACUUGGGAUUACUUCGUUGCGAUGCAUGUGUAAACAGUACCACGGUUCACUCAAACGUAACAACUGGAUCGGCUGAGGCUGAAAAUACAACAGGAAGCCUCAGAAACCAGGUUGAUCACAGAGUGAAGCAAUCAGAAAACCCAGCUCACCCUGUUAGUUCUGUGGUUGCCAUAUCUAAAGAAGAAGUGUCGCCUGUGUGCAGCCUUUGUUCAUGGCAAGCCAAUUUGCUAGACCCGGUGACAAUCCCUAACCAUAAAAGUGAAUCACAGGAGGAGGAGAAGAGAAUGCAUGCUUUGGGUCAGAAGGAAGUGAACAACAACCAGGAACCUGAAAAGAAAGAACUUGCUUUUGACCUUUUCAGUCCUCAGGAUUACUUUAAUUCAAGUUUUAGCUUCAUUCAGCUCUCUUUAAAUUCGACUUUUGAAACUAGGGAUAGUAGAGGCCCAUCAGACUGCAGUGAGGCUAAAGAUUGUCUGCAAAUAUAUGGAACAGGAAAUGCAGAAAAUGUUAAUUUGCAUGUACCUGGGGAGAGACAAAGAACUUCAGGGAAAGAACCUUGGGCUUCAUCCAACUAUAUGUGUGGCGAAGAUAGUCAGUGCCCAAGGGAGACUAUAGAGGAUGGUAAAUUGCAGAAUUGUGUGGCACGUUCACUUUUACAUGCAAAUGCUGCAUUUUCGUGUUCCACUGAUUCUUUGGAGGCAGCAUCUGCUGGUUCUUCUUUGACCUUGGGCUACGAAAGUAGCAACACUGUUAGUGAUCACAGCUGGGAUUCUCUCCUGAGGAAAUAUGAACCUGUACUACAGGACUGCUUGCUGGGUAACCGACAUAUAUUAAAGAUAGAAUCCUUAAUAAGAAAGCUUCAGAGGCUUCAAGAGAGAGCAGUAGCUGAGGAUGACUAUGAGCGAGCUGAUAAAUUCAGAAGAAAAUUUGAAGAGCUCAAGAAAGAGAGAAAUUCAUUAACAUUUCAGCUUCCUUCACGGCAUCCUUCAAUUAGCAGCUUUUUGGACAGAUUCAGAGCCCAGGUUCAAAUGGCCUUGUGUGGGGAUGCUAUUCGGUUUAACAAAGAUGAAGCACAACCCUUGCAGAGAAGUGAAGAGAAUAUUUUAAAUCUUCCUUACCGUGAAAAGAUACAGGUUUCAGCUUCAAAACGAGAGCAGUUACUUGAAGAAAAAAAAAGGAUACAGAAGGAAAUUGAAGUUCUUAGAGCGAGGCUGGUUGUUCUGGAAGCUAAAGAUCAACAAUUAAGGAGAGCAAUUGAAGGGCAAGAUCAGUUCAUUCAGGCACACGAUUGUGAGUUGUCUACCUUGCUCAGCUGGGUAUCAUUUGGAGAAUUACAGGCAAUAAGUAAGGCUUUGGCUGAUACUUCAGAGGCAUCACAGCAAAUUCCAUGCAGUUUGGAUUUCCCAGAGCCCAUAAGAAGGCUUCAAGAAAAAGAACAGUCACUCAGUCUGACCAUUAAAGAUACUGCUGCCAAAGUAUGUACCAGUCAGAAGCUGUGCAGCACUUUUAGGAGGAAAGUGAGUGAUAUUGACACGCAGCUCCCAGCUCUUCUUGAAGCCAAAAUGCUUGCUUUAUCAGGAGGUAAUUUCUGUACCGCUAAAGACCUUGUCGAAGAAAUUAAAUUGUUAACUGCUGAAAGAGAGAGGCUGGAGGGUCAUCUCAAUGAAUGGUUGACGCUGAGUGCCAGAAAUGUCCAAAAAUUGGAGAGAAUGAAAGAAGGCUAUAAGAGACUGAAGGAAGAAAUGGAGCAAGGGGAGAAUGCCUUUGAGAAGAAGUUGAAGGAAAAUGCUUUCAAAUACAUGGAAGUGCUGGAGGAAAAACUGCAAAGCUGUGGGAGCCAGCUUCUCGAAAGAGUGUGGGAAGUUGACUUAGAGGCCUGUCAGCUGUUGAUUCGAGCGUUUUGGCUGAAAGAAACUGGUUGUUAUGUUUCUGAAGGAGAAGAGAGCCAAACUGAUGAAGUAGAGGAUACUACUGAUGCCUCUUUAAGGAUCAAGCGAAGACAAUCAAAACACUUUCCAAUUAAAGACUCUGAGUGGAGUGCUCUCCAGCGUCCAGUUACCCAAAGCAAACACCCAAGUGCACAUUGGGAACUGAAAGAGGAAUGUCAUAUCCUUUCUGCAGAACUUGAAGAAAAAUGUGAAAAAAUAAGCGAGAAGCUGAUGCACCUGGAAGAUCAACUUCAAACAGCAAUCUGCAGCUGUGACGAAGGCCUUGUUCAGUCUCUACAGAGAGAGAUCCAGAUGGUGAAGGAAACUCUCCAGGCCAUGCUGGUGCAGCUCCAGCCAGCGAAGGAGGCAGAAGAAGACGCUCCUGCAGACUUCCUUGGUGACAGCUGGUGUCCGGGAAAGCAAGGCUUGCAGGAAUAAUGAGGAGGAAGGUGGAGGUGAAGACGCGGAAUUCACAAGAAUCGCUUUCAACAACAGAAUACGGUCUUAGCAGGCCACAAGGAUUCCUCCCAUCUUGGCAUAACUAAUAACAACUAAAUCAAUUAUAAGGGGGAAAUGGAGCCUGGAGGUCUCGCCUGACAAGUAUUGUAGAUUGCACAUUUGCUGGCCCAGAUCUGAAAACAGCUUUCAAAGCAGAGCUUCCCUCUUGCCCACCCUUCAGCGCAGAGAUUCCAAAUUAACAUUUUUGAAAUGAAAGGCAGCCUCACAGGUUUUUGGAAUGGAGCUGUGACCUUCUACUUGCAAAUGCCUUGGUCUGCCUUUCCCGAUUCCUGACCAUGGAAUGUAGGAAGUGGUGCAUUCGGAAGUCACUGGAGCCAUUCCAAAGAGCAGGAGCUGCUGCAAGGUCUCCUGUGGGUCUCGCCUUGAUAUGGUGCCAGUGACUCGGUGGUAGCCCCAUGGCUCUUAGGUGGCAGCCUUUUUUUUGUUUAGGGGUUGGAAUAUUGGGGGCUUGAGAGCAGGCACACACAACCUGGGUGAAGCAGGGAGAGGGAGAAGAAUGAUGCAAGCUAGGUUGCUAAAUGGCAGGGCAUUUUAAACUCAAAAUAUGGUGCAUGAGGAAGAACAACCUGUGUCACACUUGCAUCAUCCACCAAGUGCCUGGGAAAACUCUUACCCUUUACAGUCGUUUGAGGAAGAACAAGAGGUAGCACUGCAUUUUCCUGGCUAUACAAUAGCCUUGUUCAGUUAUUUGUCUGCUAAUAGAGCUUGUGCCUGAGUGCAGCACCCACAAGAGCAUGCCUGUAAGCCCUGCCCCUGUGCUAACAAUCUCUUGAACCCUAGCCUAGUGUCUGUCUGACAACCAACCACUGUGCUUGUGGUGGAGAGAUCUUUCCCAUGGUUAGAACGCUCUGGUGCCCCAGCCUUCUACUAUCUAUUUGGUGUAAUUGUGAAGAGCAGGGAUGGGGUUUUAGUGUACCCGGGGUGGGGCUUGCCGGCAUAUUCUUGGGAGUGCCGUAACCCCACCACCGUAACACCUGAACAGGGCUUGUACUGCUGCUUGAAUGCAAGGAACACCAGAAUGCUGGGGAUGUGCGAACUGGCUCGACCUGGAGGUGGCUCAACAUUGAACUUGGCUGGCUCAAGGGCUCACCCCUGGCUUGCCCUUUAGCAAAACCAGACACAAUUUGGCUUGAACUCAAGCCAACACACACACACACACACACCCUGGCAAGUCCGGGUUCAAACCAAAGAAAUUUUUAAAAUGUUUUUUUUUUUUUUAAACCGCUCACCGCCUCCAUGGGGCAUUGCCUUGGCCAUGAGGGGUGUCUCUGGCGGUUCUCCCUCUCCCCGCCAGCCUCCCCUCGGUCUCCAAUUGGCUUGAUUUGGACGGUUUUCCAGCCAUUUUUGGCCCGUUCCUGCCCAUUCUUUGUGCUGGCAGUGGCCAUUUUGGAGGCCGCUGCACAUGUGCACUGGCUGCAUAUGCUCUGCAUAUGCAUAGUGGCCUUCAAAAUGGCCGCCACCAGCACAAAGAGGCCCAGAAUGGGCUGAAAACCACUGGGAAACUGCCCAAACUGGGCCAGUUGGAGACAGCGGGGAAGCCAGCAGGGGAGGGGGAAUGGCUGGAGACCCUCCCUCCCAUGGCUGUGGCAGCACCCCCUGGAGACAGUGAGUUUAAAAAUGUUUUAAUUUUUUCUCUUGUUAGAACCCCUGGACCAGCUCGAAUCUGAGCUGAACUGGUGUGUGUGUGUGUGUGGGGGGGGUCCUGUUUUGGGAGAGGCAAAAUCAAACAUGCGUGGUUCUGUUUGAGUCAAAUUCGGACUUGAACUGAACCGGGCAUACUGGUUUCAUGCACAUUCCAGCAGAAUGCACUGCCUGGUGGGAUAUCGUACGUAUUUCCCCCAUCUGGAAAAGCUCCCAAAACUUGGGCCAAAUGCACUCUGUUGCUUCCUCUUGUAAAGUCUUUCUUCUCCCCAAAUUAUGUUCAGAAAUAUUAAGAAUGAGAAAGGAGAAAAAGAAGAAGCAAUCUACUAAGUUGUAGCUGAAGCUAAUAACCAAAUUUUGCUAAAUGAAAUGAGGGCUGCACAUACCCUUUGGCAUUCAAUAUUAUAGUAAUAAUUAACAUCAAAGCACACCAUAAUAGCAUUUCAACCAUUUUCAUUUUGUGUUGCAAAAUGAGAGCAAAUGCUUGUUAAUUUGAAGGGCAAACAUUAUUUAAAGCAAUAACCAAUGCUUUUUUAAUUAUUAAAAAAAACUUGAAACUAUUAGUGAUGCGUAAUGUAACUAAAAUUGCGUUGAUGCUUCAGUAUUUUUUCAUAUAGAAGAAUAGAAAACCUGAAACUGUUAGUGAUGUGUAAUGGAACUAAAAAUUGCAUUGAUGCUUCAAUAUUGUUCAUAUAAAAGACUAGCCAAUAGUCUUAUUCUUCUGAUGUUUUCUACAAAUGCCAUUUUUAAAGAAAUAUUUUGAAUUUGGUAUAUUUUUAACCACAGAUAGCAAAAGAAGAUUUAUUUACUUGUCAUCUGUUGAGUUUAGUUCAGGACCAAAGGAAAUCUAUACUGAAGCCAGUAGAAAUAGAAUCACAGGACCAAUGAGCUGCAAGUGACGCAACACCAACUAGUCUACAGAAACUAGUCCCUUUGGAUGCAGAUCUAGCCAGGAUUUUGAGGACAGUCCAACAUUGCAGUUGCUUCAGAAUGUGGCAGCAUGGAUUUUGUCUGGUACUAACUGCAACAAGCAUAUUAUAUCAACUAGCUUAUCCUGCGCAGAACAUCUGCACGCUAGGACUUUAUUGGGCUCCUUUCCCCCUCCGCGGCCACUGCUUUAUUGCUCAGCCACCCCACUUGCAGCCACCCCUCCCCCCCCACUCAGCCACUCCCUCAGCUCACCCAAACACUGGCCUCUGAUGCCCCGCCAAGUCUUCUUGUGAGGAUGGCCGAGCCAGGGUGGAAAAGCACACCGAGGGCAAUCCGUGCAGCCUGGACAGGAGGACCCAGCUUGGCCAUCCUCCUCUCAAGACUCGGUGGGGCAUCAGAGGCCAGGGGUUGGAGAUGAGGGAGGGUCUGCUUCUUUCUUCGGCCCUCCCUCCUUCCCUCCUCCUCCACUGCCACCCUCCUGCUCCUCCUCGACAGCAGCUGCCCCUUCAUCUGCCACUCAGCCCACCUCCAUGCUCCCAACCUCUUGUUGAGUGUCAUCAGAACUCUUGCAAGAUAUUCCACAUACCUUGAGGUGUGCUCUGUACCACCUAAGGCUUUUAUAUAUGUAGAUACUCCAAGAGAUCCAGCACCUGACCAACAUACUGUGCAAUGUUCCAUAAGGGUGCUCUUGCACAAAUGCAGGAUCUUGCAUUAAAGUGGUUACAAGAUCGACAGCCAUUAUUUCUAGUAGCCAUUGAUCGUGAAACUGUGUUUACACAAGUUACCAUGUUUGCACAAGAGAACUCUAAUGCAACUGCACAUACAUUCCACUACAAGGCAGACAGAACGUCAUGCAGUAUGUUAGCUGUUGUCGAUUGGCUUCUGGGGAAAAUUCAAGAUGCUGUUUUUGAAAAAUUCUCUUAUAAUUGUUUGUUUUUACUGAAGAAAGGAAUACAUCAGAAAAUUUCUACAACUUUACAGAAAUAAAACAAGUAUGCUGAA